GAGCGUGGCUGUCAACUUCGCAGUGAACACGGCUGCUGGCGGCUUCAUACCCUGCUUGAACCCCCCACGACCCACUACUUCUUGUCAAAAUGUGGCUUACGGACGCGCAAAAGAUCGGCGUGGCUCUCACGACAUUCGGAGGGCUCUUCAUGCUCUUGGGUGUCAUGCUCUUCUUUGAUGGUGCUCUUCUUGCACUCGGCAACUUGCUCUUCCUAUCCGGUCUCACGCUCAUCAUCGGUCCACAGAAGACGUUCUACUUCUUUGCACGAAAACAGAAGCUGCGAGGGACCGUAUGCUUUAUUGGAGGGAUUAUUUUGGUUUUCUUGAAGUGGCCGUUCAUUGGUGUCGUUAUAGAGACCAUCGGGUUCUUGAAUCUCUUUGGAGACUUCUUCCCCGUAAUUCUCACAUUCCUGAGACAAGUGCCUUUUGUGGGGAGCUUGCUCAAUCUCCCGUAUAUUCGAGACGUAAGUCAAUGCUGUCGUUCUUCCUCCUUGCUGCCAAGCCAUGUAUUGACGGCUUCUGUACGUUAUAGGUAGCAGACCGUAUAGCGGGUUCACGAACAUCUGUUGUAUGAGAUUGGGCUGCUGCUUUUAUUUAUGGCUUGGUGAACAGCAUCACGGCGAAGAACCAUAUUGAAAGGCUAGCAAACGGCCUACUCACUAUGCUGGGGCUCUGGUCCUGACCUUGCAGUCAUCAACAAGGUUUGCCAACCGGUAGGGCUAUCUCCUCAUCAUUUUUCUCAUCCACCUCCCAUCCAUGUCACCCAACUUUGCCAUGCAUCUUGUUUGAUUUCGGGCUUCAUGUUACCCGUCUAUGUAUUCUCUAUGCACCAGCAAUCAACUGAUUACAGGAUGACGGACUGACUAGAUUUUAAUUCAAACAUUAGGGAAUUCGGCUUCUCAUCAACAUUAUCUUCGUCUACUCGAAUAUUGGCCUGCAAUGAAGGCGAUUGCAGCUCCAAAGGUCGUUGCCUUUUCUGGUAAUGUUCACCCAAAUCAAGUAAUUCUUUGCUGGAUCC